AUGAUAUAACAAUUAAGCUUCUUGUUGUUGGCGAUGCUUCAGCAAGUAAAACUAAUUUAUUAUUUAGGUAUGCAAAGAUUUAUUAACAUAGUUAUAUAUAAAAUUAGAAUAAACCUGAAAACAUGCCUUAAGUUUUUGAUAAUUUCACCUUGAAAAUGAAUGUGGGAAACACAACCGUGAAUUUGAGUUUAUCUGAUGGUGCUGGUGGUGAAAAAUUCAUCAGAUUAAGAUCUUUAAAUUAUUUAAAUAAAGAUAUUAUUUUACUUCUAUUUUCUGUAAGAUAGAAUCUUAUAACAAUAUGCUUUUGAAAGUAAUAGCUUUUUAAAAAUAUUAGUGGUAUCCUGAAACUAAUGAAGGAGAUAAUUAUUAAAUACCAAAAAUUAUAGUUGGUACUGAUAUAAAAUCUACCGAUGAAAGAAAUAAUUAACAUAAUAUCGAAUUAUUUUAAGGGUCAACUAAAAGCUUAAGAAUUUAGUCUGAAAUAUUUUGA